CGGCUUAUCAGAAUAAAAACAACUGUUUGGUGUCGUUUUAAAACUGACGUGUGUUUUUUCUCAUUUAAAAUUAAGUUAUUUUAUAGAAUAUACUUUAAAAAAAUCAAAUAACCAUGAUUCAAGGAAUGUUUGAGGAAAUAAAGCGCAUGAAUAAACGACAGUUUAUUUAUCAAGUUCUAAGCUUCGGUAUGAUAGUUUCAUCAGCACUGAUGCUAUGGAAAGGUCUAAUGGUACUCACUGGAAGUGAAAGUCCGAUCGUAGUUGUACUCAGUGGAAGUAUGGAACCUGCAUUUCACAGAGGAGAUCUGUUAUUUUUAACUAAUAACAAAGAACAACCAAUCCGAGCUGGAGAAAUAGUUGUAUUCAAAAUUGAAGGCCGAGAUAUACCGAUUGUACACAGAGUUCUGAAGCUACACGAAAAGAGUAACGGAACGAUUAAAUUCCUGACCAAAGGUGAUAAUAACAGCGUCGACGACCGAGGUUUAUAUGCUCCAGGUCAGCAAUGGCUGACAAAAGAUGAUGUGGUAGGACGAGCGCAAGGAUUUCUACCUCAUAUCGGUUUAGUUACUAUUUACAUGAACGAAUACCCUAAAGUUAAAUACGCAGUAUUAGCUUGUCUGGGAGUCUACGUUCUUCUUCAUCGCGAAUAAAUUCAAUUGAUUGAGAAACAGUGUUCCAAAAAGAAGAAUUUUAUACUCUAUAUUAUUAUUUUUUUCCUUGUUGGUUGAUGUAAAUAAUGUGCGAAUUUGGAAUUCAUUUAUUUGUAAUUUAUUGUGUAAAUGCGUUGAGUUCUAAGAAGUCAAAUAUUCAAUUUAAGUACGAUCAUUCUUGCGAAUGUUCUUUAUUUUUAAAAUCUCUCGAUUCCUCAUUCUCAUGUAUAAAACUUUGUUUGCGUUUAAAUUAAAAUUUCUUCAUUAGAAA